GCCGUAUCCUUUCUGUUUUUCUCUCGCAGCAAUUACAGCCGUCCUCCUCCCCCAAUCUCAUUCAAUUCAAUCUCCGCCGCCGCCGCCGCCGCCAUGUCCCCGUCGCUCCUCCUGCUUCCCUCCUCCACUUCCACCUAUAGUAAGAGGGUUCCGCCUCCGCGGUCGCGCUGCUUCGCCUCCCCCUCGAGCGUCCCUUUCCCCCCGCGGGCGCGCCACAGCAUCCGCCUCGUGCGCGCCGCCGAGCAGGAGCAGCCCAACGGUGCCGCCUCUGGAGGCGAUGCCACGGCCAACCCUAUCAACAACGGCCUGCCCAAGAACAGGAGGGAUAUUCUCCUAGAAUACGUCAAAAAUGUCCAACCAGAGUUUAUGGAGCUCUUCAUAAAAAGAGCUCCAACGCAGGUUGUUGAGGCCAUGCGGCACACGGUGACCAAUAUGAUUGGGACUUUACCACCACAAUUUUUCGCUGUAACUGUCACGACGGUUGCUGAAAAUCUGGCUCAGCUUAUGUACAGUGUCCUAAUGACUGGAUACAUGUUUAGGAACGCACAGUACCGCCUGGAGUUGCAACAGAGUUUGGAGCAGAUUGCUCUUCCUGAACCGGAAGAAGAAAAGGAUUCAUCAGAUUACGCUCCUGGAACCCAGAAAAAGGUAACUGGGGAAGUAAUCCGAUGGAACAAGGCCACUGGACCUGAGAAAAUCGACGCUGUAAAAUAUAUAGAGUUGCUUGAAGCAGAGAUUGAUGAGCUGAGCCGUCAAGUUGCUAGGAAAUCCUCGCAGGGAAGUAAUGAGCUGCUGGAGUAUCUGAAGAGCCUAGAACCACAGAAUUUGAAGGAACUGACGAGUACUGCUGGGGAAGACGUCGUCUUUGCUAUGAAUGCAUUCAUAAAGCGUCUCCUGGCAGUCUCCGAUCCGGAGCAGAUGAAGACCACAGUGUCCGAAACAAGCGCGAACCAGCUGGCCAACUUGCUGUUCUGGUUGAUGAUCGUCGGGUACAGCAUGCGCAACAUCGAAGUGCGGUUCGACAUGGAGCGGGUGCUGGGCUCUCCCCCGAAGGUUGCCGAGUUACCACCUGGAGAGACCAUCCAGUAGUCAAGAAGGCGGCAUGAAUGAGCGACCACCGGGACAGUAUUGUAGUUGUAGAUGGAGGAGAGGCUUUGAAAUGUUUUUGGUUGGUCUGUAGACCACUGGCCAUUGCUUAUGGUAGAGAUUCUAGUGGUACAUUUGUUUUUGAUAAGGAGAUUCUAGUACUUGACUUGCUCCUAUCUUAGUACAUGAUUGAUGAUGACAAAAAGAUGAGCAUGAUCGUCGAGGCCAAUGCUUGACUA